AUGAAGUUCUCCAUCGCUGCAAUGUCUCUCUUUGCCCUCAGCGCAGUGGCACUUCCUGCGGCAGUUGUUCGCCGUGGCGCCAGCGCUGCUACUGUCGGCCUCAUUGGUGAGGUUGAGGGUUUCCGCGCCGACUUUUACGAUAUGAUGGGCCACAAGACCAUUGGAUACGGCCACGAUUGCGUCGCGAAGCAGGAUUGCGACAGCAUUAAGACCCCGAUUAGCGAUGCUCAGGGUGCUGAGAUCUUACAGAAGGACCUCGUCGGCUUUGAGCAGUGCGUGUGCGCGCUGCCCAAUGCCAAGGAACUCAACGCGAAUCAGUACGGCGCCCUGGUCAGCUUUGCCUUUAACACUGGCUGUGGUGGUCUGCAACAGGCCUGGACCGGAGCGAUGUCAAGCAAGAAUUUUGCUAGUAUCUGCGCUGGCCUUCCUAAUGCCAACACUCUCGGGGGAGUUUUAAACACCCGUCGUCAGAAGGAGAGUGCGUUAUGCUCCACGCCUACCACCGAGAAGUCUGGCUGCUAG